AUGUUAAUUAGUAUGGUCAUUACAUUAUUAAGUUAUAUUCAUAUUAGUGAAGGUUUAUUUCAAUGUAAAAAACUUGGUGAAACAUGUCAUAAAACAGUGUUCGAUCGUUGUUGCGGUAAUACUGUUUGUCAAUUAAAAGGUUUCAAAGGAAAAUGUGUUCGGUGUUUAAGCGCUGGAAGUCGGUGCAUAAAAAAUCGAGAAUGUUGUCAUGUUUUAUUCAAAUGUAAACGUCUUGGUGACUCUUGUCGUAGAACUAUAUUUCAUCGUUGUUGUGGUGAUGCCACGUGUCAGUUAAAUAGUUCUAAGGGUAAAUGUGUACCGUUGUUACGAGUUGAUCGUUCAUGUUGGAGAAAUAAAGAUUGUUGUAGUGGAAGAUGUCACCGUUCGAAGUGUAAAAACUUUGAAAAUCGAAAUAUAAACGCUAUUUUGCAAAAACGAUUUUAA